AUGUCGAAGGACCUGUGUUUGUCCUGUUCCCUCGUCUCGUCCGUCGCCAUCCCCGAAUAACAGAUAGGUCCUCUUCGUUCUUCUGAAGAGGGCACCAUGGAGCACCGAAAUACAGCAGCCCCCGACAAAGCACCAGGAUCCAAGAUGGCAUGUGUCCAUGACGGUGCCUGUGCAGAGGGAUUCUCCUGUGACCAGCACUUCGGGCUGUGUGUGCCCCUCAGGCAGUUCGGCCAGUACUGCCGGCAGGACGCGCAGUGUAUGCACGGCCUCAGCUGCAUGUUUGGGAAGUGUCACCACAGGGCCCCCGAGGGACAGGAAGGUGCCAGGUGCAGGGCAGACAGGGACUGCAACCCCUCCAUGUGCUGUGCGCGUCACCAUGGCGAGCAUGUCUGCAAGCGCCGCCUGGCAGAGGGAGAGCUCUGCUUCGUGCCCGAUGGGGGCCUGGCCUUCAGCAUCAACCAGAUCUGCCCCUGUGAGGAGGGACUGCUGUGCCGCAGCGAUGCUGGCCAACAGCACAGACAGAAGAAGUUUGCAUACCAUCAAAACCCCACAAGAUGGAUAUGCCAGCCUUAAAAAGUUGCUUAG